AUGGCGGAGAAUGUGAGUCUGCUCGACGGUUCUCCCCUCCCGUCUCGCCUUUGCGCGUCAGUUCCGCGCCCUUCCGCUCCGCGUCCCGGAGAUGCUCUUCUCGUUGACUAUUUUGCAUCGGGAGCACAAUCGAACGGAAAAGAUGUUCUUCUUCAAAUCAAGUGAGUUUUUAAAGUGACGAAAACCGCGGAGGUGCUCAUUUCAGAGGAAUGACGUGUCAUUCGUGCGUCAACAAUAUUCAAGAUGUGAUCGGAGCAAAGUCAGGAAUCUACAAUAUUCGGGUGAAUUUGAAGGAAGAACAGGGAGAAGUGAAGUACGAUCCGACGCAAUGGACGGCUGAGAAAGUGGCCGAAGCGGUGGAUGACAUGGGUUUCGAGUGCACAGUUAUCAACGGUAAACAUUGAAAAAUAGAACUGUUAACAGGAAUCCAUAGGGGAGAACAGUCCAUUCUUAAAAUGAUAACUAUGUGCACACCGUCUUUCCUUUCCUUUUCUUAUCGUAUUCCGGCCAUCUUUAUUUCUAUUUUCUACUCUAAAUUCGCCAGGAAACGCGACGAAAAAAGAAGUGAAACCGACUGAAAUAAGAGUGAAAUGUGCGCUCACUGAUGUCGAUAAAGUGAAAAAAGUGUGUGCACAAUUGAUAGAUGAUAACGAGAAUUCAGCGACAAAGUUUUCCUUCUCACGCUUAUUUCAUUAGGAAAACCAAAACAAUUUUCGUCUAAGAUCGACUAUUCCUUCACUUAUUUGUUUAUUUGUGUCGGUCGACUUAGUAUCGAAUUUUAAGUAUCGAAUUUCCAGAUUCAUUUCCAUGCUCCACCACUUCCACUGAACCCAGAAUGGCUGAAAAUGCUGAAAUCCAACGGCGCCACCGUCGGGCUGUCGUCUCGAUCGACGGAAUGACGUGUCAUGCGUGUGUUAAUAAUAUCCAAGAUGCCGUCGGAGCGAAAGAGGGAAUUCAGAGCAUCCGAGUCAGUUUGGAACUCAAGCAGGGCACGUUCUUCAAUCAAUUUCCGCCGUUGAUGAUAAAUGACUGUUCAGGAACCAUCGACUAUAUUCCGGAUAAGUGGACGGGCGAAUCGGUGGCAGAAACGAUCGACGAUAUGGGAUUUGAGUGCAAAUUGAUCACCGAUCAAGGCAUCUCUCAUUGUCAUGCGUUUUCUCAUCGUCGUACUUCAGAAAUGACUCCAGAAUCCGAAGCACCGCAAAAAACGCCCAGAAGCCCACAGAAAAAGGUGUCUGCGAGUGAACGAGAAGGAGUCGAACUGCAGUUGAAUGGAGUACGAUACUCGAAAGGGGUAAGGCUUUUCUUUCUGAAUUUCCCAAUUUGAUGAGCUUUAUCAUCUUCAGAAUUCAUCGGAGCAUAUCGAGAAGUGCACAUUCAUAGUGGAAGGUAUGACUUGUGCCUCCUGCGUGCAGUACAUCGAAAGAGCCGUUGCCAAAAUUGACGGUAUUCUGAAUCCUGUCUCUGCUCGAAACGAAUGCUCAUUCUGCAGGUGUCCACUCGAUUGUCGUCGCUCUGAUCGCCGCAAAAGCCGAAGUGAUCUAUGAUAAUCGACGGACUUCAUCCGACGCCCUCGCGGAAUACAUGACUGAAGAUCUGGGCUACAAGACGACACUUCUCGACUCGAUAAGCUCCAAUUCGAAUUAUAAUAAAAUACAAUUAAUAGUAGGCUCAGCUGAAUGUCUGUAAGCAUUCAAAACUACUUUUCAGAUAGGUAAUCUCGGUUCGGAGAACGACGCGACACGAAUUGAAUCGCACGUUCUUUCGAAGACCGGGGUGGAUUCGUGCAACGUGUCACUUGCCACGUCGAUGGCUCUUGUCGAGUUCUCACCGCAAACGAUCGGUCCUCGGGACAUCAUCAAUGUGAUUGAAUCGCUCGGAUUCAGUGCCGAACUGGCGACCCGAGACGAUCAGUUGAGACGGUUGGAUCAUUCGGAGGACGUCGAGAAGUGGAGGAACACUUUCCUGAUAUCUCUCGUGUGCGGAGUGCCUGUCAUGGUCAUCAUGAUCAUCUUCCACUGGAUCCUGCGAACGCCAAUGCAUCCGGAGAAACAGACUCCCAUUUUCACUCCAGCUCUUUCCCUCGACAAUUUCCUUCUUCUCAUUCUCUGCACGCCUGUUCAAAUCUUCGGAGGUCGAUACUUUUACGCCGCUUCGUGGAAAGCCAUAAAACACGGAAAUGCGAACAUGGACGUCCUCAUUGUGCUCGCCACAACCAUCGCCUACACCUAUUCGAUUGUUGUUCUUUUACUCGCCAUCAUCUUCCGAUGGCCUUCCUCUCCGAUGACGUUUUUCGACGUUCCGCCCAUGCUAAUCGUGUUUAUUGCACUCGGAAGAAUGCUAGAGCACAAGGCGAAGGUUCGGAAAGUACUUUUGAAGAUUGAAUAGCCAUGUUUUACAGGGAAAGACUUCGGAAGCGCUCUCCAAACUGAUGUCACUUCAAGCAAAAGAGGCAACUCUUGUCACGAUGGAUGCAGAAGGCCGACUUACUUCUGAGAAAGGGAUAAACAUCGAAUUGGUACAACGGGAUGACCUGAUCAAAGUGGUCCCUGGAGCCAAAGUUCCCGUCGAUGGCGUUGUAGUCGACGGAAAGAGCUCAGCCGACGAGAGCUUCAUAACGGGAGAGUCGAUGCCCGUUGUAAAGAAGCCGGGGAGCACAGUAAUCGGAGGAUCGGUAAAUCAGAAAGGAGUUUUGAUUUUGAAAGCGACGCAUGUUGGCAAUGACUCCACACUGGCUCAAAUUGUCCGAUUGGUCGAGGAGGCUCAAACGAAUCGUGCUCCGAUCCAGCAGCUCGCAGAUCGGAUCGCUGGAUAUUUCGUUCCGUGUGUCAUCGGACUCUCUCUUCUCACUCUUGUCGCGUGGAUUUUGAUUGAAUAUAACGCAUCCAAAAAUGCCAAUCUGGUAGUCUCAGACACACAUUUGAAAAAAGGACUGUCUGGUUUUUAGCCACCGGGACCCCGAUUCGAAGAAGCUCUGAAAAUCGCGUUCGAAGCGGCCAUCACAGUGCUCGCAAUCGCCUGUCCUUGCAGUUUGGGAUUGGCCACGCCCACUGCGGUAAUGGUCGGAACAGGCAUCGGAGCAGCGAAUGGGAUCCUGAUCAAGGGAGGAGAACCGCUGGAAAGCGUGCACAAGGUAGGCAAAAUGAGGGACGGACAGCAGAGGGAAUGAGUAUUUCACAGGUGACGACGAUAGUGUUCGACAAAACGGGAACGAUAACGGAAGGGCGGCCGCGCGUGGUGCAAGUAGCUUCAUUCGUUAAUCCGUCCUCAAUGUCCCUCCGGUUGAUCACUUUCCUCAUUGGAGCCACCGAAGCACUUUCGGAGCAUCCCAUCGGAAAUGCCGUCGCCGCUUUCGCCAAACAAGUGAGCCCAUUCGAGUAUCUUCUCGCAACCUGCCAUCCUUUUUGAGUUGCUCAAUGAGCCGACAUGGCCGAACACUUCUCGUUUCCACGUAUCGGCUGGCCACGGAGUCACUUGCCGAAUCGACUCAAUUCGACAAUCGUUCGCUUCUCUCUCCCUCCUCGGCGCUUCCCCUCCAGAAGUCCCCCGCUUGCCCGACGGAAAGAAUAUGACAAUCCCCGGAACGGAAGUGAACUUGCUGCAAGUGACCAGUGCUGAAGGUGCGCCCUCGUCCUUUCCUCUCUCAAUCAUUCGCUCCAUUUUCAGUGAAACAACCGAAUCCAGACACGGCAAAUAUUGUGAUUGGAACCGAACGAAUGAUGGAAAGACACGGUAUCGCAGUGCCAGACAUCGUCAAAAUGACACUUUCUGAAGAGCAACGGAAGGGACACAUCUCGGUCAUUUGCGCAAUUAAUGGUACUUCGUUUAUGGUACAUCCGACUGAUUAUUUCCUUUUCAGCCGAAGUGGUAGCAGUCGUUUCGAUCGCCGAUCAAGUGAAAAAAGAAGCCUCUCUGGCGAUCUACACUCUCAAAGAAAUGGGUCUUCGGGUCGUUCUUCUUACUGGGGACAACUCGAAAACGGCCGAAUCGACAGCCAAACAUGUGGGAAUCGACGAAGUGUUCGCAGAAGUACUUCCGAAUCAGAAGCAGGAGAAGAUCAAGCAGUUAAAGGCGUACGGCAACAAAGUGGCGAUGGUUGGCGACGGAGUGAACGACUCCCCAGCACUCGCCGAAGCCGACGUCGGAAUUGCCAUCGCGGCUGGAAGCGACGUGGCGAUCGAGUCGGCCGGAAUUGUUCUCGUCAGAAACGAUCUUGUCGACGUGGUCGGAGCAAUAAAACUGUCGAAAAUGACAACCCGUAGGAUCCGACUGAACUUCCUGUUCGCAAUCAUUUACAACGCGAUCGGGAUUCCUGUCGCCGCCGGUCUCUUCCGUCCGAUCGGAUUCAUGCUGCAGCCGUGGAUGGCCGCUGCCGCAAUGGCUCUUUCCAGCGUCUCCGUUGUCUCCUCCAGUCUUCUGCUCAAAAACUUCCGCAAACCGACGCUCGCCACUCUCUACACGAGCUCGUUCAAACGUCAUCAGAAGUUCCUCGAGUCGGGCUCAUUCCAAGUGCAAGUGCAUCGUGGACUCGAUGAUUCGGCCGUUUUUCGUGGCCACGCGUCCUCGAAACUGUCCGUUCUCAGCUCGAAAGUUGGCUCACUUCUCGGCUCCACGACCAGUAUAAUUAGCUCCGGCAGCCAGAAAAAGCAACGACUUCUCGACACUGCCGGCUCCGAUUUGGAAGAUCUCAUCGUUUAG